CCCGCUACUAUCUAAGCUACUUUAGACUCGGCAUCGACAUGACAAACCCCAAGGUCCAUCAGGCACGGCUCGAUCACUUGCUGCCCAGGAUGGCCCUCAGGCGUGGGCCGCUCGACCUCUGCGCACUUUUACCGGGAAGCCAGCGUGGCAACAUAGACACGUGUCGCACGUGCCAUUGAGAGUUGACUGUUGGGACGUGGUGGGCACCCCAUCAUUUUCACUUUCUUUCUUCCAUUCGUCUUUUCUUCACUUCCUAUUUCCUACUUCCUGCUAAAUUCAAACUUGAAAACCGUAAUCAAUACCCAUUUCCAACUUUCUGGUGACUGGUGUAAACUAGGGCUGUUAGUAUUUUAGUGAUAAAUUUGACUUUCUUUUUGAAGUGAGGAAAGAUGUCAACAGCCGAAGGAUCUCGGGAUGAGAAUGUUUACCUAGCCAAAUUGGCCGAACAAGCCGAAAGAUAUGAGGAAAUGGUGGAGUUCAUGGAGAAGGUAGCGAAAACUGUUGAUGGUGAGGAGUUAACAGUAGAAGAGAGGAACCUUCUUUCUGUAGCUUACAAGAAUGUGAUUGGUGCUAGGAGAGCUUCUUGGAGAAUUAUCUCUUCCAUUGAACAAAAGGAAGAGAGUCGUGGAAAUGACGAUCAUAUAGCUAUUAUUAAACAGUACAGAGCGAAAAUUGAGACUGAACUAAGCAAGAUUUGUGAUGGGAUAUUGAAACUUCUUGACUCACAUCUUGUCCCAUCAGCAACUGCUGCUGAGUCGAAGGUGUUCUAUUUAAAGAUGAAGGGUGAUUACCAUAGGUAUUUGGCCGAAUUUAAGACUGGAACCGAGAGAUCGGAAGCUGGUGAGCAUACCUUGUUGGCUUACAAGUCUGCUCAGGAUGUUGCGCUGGCUGAAUUAGCUCCUACUCACCCAAUUAGGCUGGGGCUUGCUCUUAACUUUUCAGUAUUCUACUAUGAAAUCUUGAAUUCUCCCGAUCGUGCUUGUGCUCUUGCUAAGCAGGCUUUUGACGAAGCCAUUUCGGAGCUGGACACCCUUGGUGAGGAAUCAUACAAAGAUAGCACCUUGAUUAUGCAGCUUCUCCGUGAUAAUCUGACAUUAUGGACUUCUGAUACUAUGGAUGAUGUCGGGGAUGAGAUCAAGGAAACUUCAAAAGACGGAGCAGCUCCCGGGCAAGAAUGAAAUGGUUACUACUUACUAAACUAAGUAGGAGUUGGAUGAAAUGAAUUUAUUUAACCCUAGGCUCUUACUAUAUUUGAUAUGUUGGUUUGUCAUCGGCAGCGUCAAUUAGACGCUUAAUAUCAUACUAAGACACCGUGGCUUCACUUAUUGUUGUCUACUUCAUCGGUUUAGACUCUUUGCAGUUGAGUGUCCUCGCCUCCAGAUGCAUCGACUAAUACCAAUGUAGUCAAUUAUUUUUCGAUUGUAUUUUGCACUUUCCACAGUUGGAGUUCUUUUAGUUUAUCACUAAAAUUCUGUAUUUUCGCAAUCUAAGAUCGAAUACUUUUGUCCUUGUAUUGUCUGUUUCUGGAGCUUACAUUUGCUUUGGUGUUUAGAAAAGAAAAAAUUUGUACAUUUUCAUGCGCAUGAUUGGUGCAUUCUGCGUACCGUGCUUCUUUGGCGAGAUUAAAGAAAGUAUGAUUCAGCUGGAAAUACUGAAUAUCGAUGAUUUAGUCAAUUAUCUAUA